UGGUUGUUGAUGCGAUCAGCGGUCAGUCAAACCGAUCUACAAAAAUCGGAUUGUUCGCGUCGCGAAAUUAUCCAAUCAUUACCGGAUUGACCACACCUAUUAUAAGCCUUAAAAGGGUCAUAUAUUUCUUUUCCUGUUCUCUAGUAAGUUAUAAUUUAUAAUGACCGGAACCGAAAAAUCCAAAAGUGCUUUUGAUAGUUUUCAAAAAUGCCGAAAAAAAAUAUACAAAGAAGCUCAAAAACAGAAAGUGAUUCAUACGAAAAAUUAUACUCGACAAUUUCGCGCUCUUACUAAACAUACGAAUACUAUGCUUAAUGAUCGUACUGAACAUGACCGUAGAAUGUUUCGUCAGCUGGAUAUUCCUCAAGAUUUGGAUGAUUCAAUUGAGGUAAGUGAUCAUAAACAGAAAACAAAACGUACCAAAAUUGAACAUUACUUCCAUGCGCAUAACGAUAUUUGCGAAAUUCAAAAUGAGCAACGAUCAUUUAAUAAUGUGGAUGAUGAGGAACUGUCCGGCAUCACUUUGGUGCCACCGGAUGAACUUCUUCAAGAUGCUCCAUCAAACCUGUCAGAUCUUGAAAAAGAUGUGGAAAAUUCUUACCUUCAAGAAUUAUCUGUUGAGACUUUGAACCCGACUAUUGAGAGACUUAUCAGACUUAAAGAGGGAAUUGCAAGAUACAGAAUUAAUGCAAUCGAAAUGGAGAAAGCUUUUGGGGAAGUUGUCGGGAACGCAUAUUAUCACGAUGAUGUAAAAAUGAACGGUGAUCGCGAAAAGAUCCUUAAAGAGAGGGAUGUAUCCAUGCAUUGGAUUGAUGGAGUUUAUCUAGUUGACCAAUCUGACAAGUUUUUGAUUCCCAAUGCGUCUACGCAAUUAAAGAAUUUGUCUGAUAUAAUACGAACAAUGAUCACGUUUAAGAACCGUGUCAUAAGUCUACAACAGAAUAUAGAAUCCGCACUGAAGUCUAGAAAGAAACUUAAUCGUGGUGGUACUCAACACGUAAACGAUUCUAUUGUUUAUGCAUCGCCUCCACAGAAAAAAAUUUAAAUUUUAUUUUUCUAUUUUACAUCUUGUCAUGAAUUUCUAAUUUGUUCUGUUGUUCUGUUGUGAUGCGUGUAAUAAAUAAAGCUGGUUCCGAGAUAUAAUUUUUCUUAGCAAAAGUGAUCUGCGU